CCCGUUCCAGGCCUGUACUACGUGGACAGCGAGGGCCAGCGCGUGGCCGGCGCCGCCUUCGCCGUGGGCUCGGGCUCGUGCUACGCCUACGGCGUCCUGGACCGGGCCCUCGGUAGCCACGUGGCCAGCGAGGAGGAGGCGAGCGCCAUCGGCCGCAGGGCCAUCUACCACGCCGCCAGGAGAGACGCGUAUUCCGGGGGGAUUGUCAGGGUUUUUCAUGUUGGGAAGGAUGGAUGGAGAGAAGUCAGUGUUGACAAUGUGGCUGAUCUGCAAGAGGAGUAUGGGGAAUAA